CGGGGGGGCACUGGCUGAUGAUCGGAAGUUACUGACAAUAAGCACCUUCAUCCCCCCAAAGGCGGAGAGAGGGAGAGGAGGAGGAGAGACGGGGAGAGGAGAGCUGAUGCCUGACGAGUCACUCGGCGCAGGCAGAGCGGGCGGUACCACAAGUUCCCGGCGGCGCGGAGCGCGGAGCAGCGCGGAUCGCAGCGCAGCGGCGCGGAGCUCGCCGGCCGGAUCGCUCCCAUGUCAGCGCGGCGGCGGGGGACUGCGCUCCGCUAGCCACCAGCCGCGGCCACCCCCCUCCUCGCCUAGCGAUGUAUUCACUGCUCUCAGCCUGCACUUGCCUAUGUUUACAUUUCCUGCUGCUGUGCUUUCAGGUACAGAUGUUUGCUGCUGAGGAGAACGUGGAUUUUCGGAUACACGUGGAGAACCAGACGCGGGCGAGGGACGAUGUGAGCAGGAAGCAGCUGCGGCUCUACCAGCUCUACAGCAGGACCAGCGGGAAGCACAUCCAGGUGCUCGGCAGGAGGAUCAGUGCCAAAGGAGAAGAUGGAGAUAAAUAUGCCCAGCUUCUAGUGGAAACAGACACUUUUGGCAGUCAAGUCCGGAUCAAAGGGAAGGAGACAGAUUUCUACCUUUGCAUGAACAGGAAAGGCAAGCUCGUGGGCAAGCCUGAUGGCACCAGUAAGGAGUGUGUCUUCAUUGAAAAAGUCCUAGAAAACAACUACACGGCACUGAUGUCUGCAAAAUACUCAGGCUGGUAUGUUGGAUUCACCAAAAAAGGGAGGCCACGGAAAGGGCCCAAGACCCGGGAAAACCAGCAAGAUGUACACUUUAUGAAGAGAUACCCAAAGGGGCAAAUGGAGAUACAGAAACCUUUCAAGUACACAACAGUCACCAAGAGGACUAAGAGAAUACGACCCACCAACCCCAGCUAAAAAUAGACAAAAACAGUGUCACAAUAAGAAACCACAAAAAGGAAAAAAAAAAAAAAAAAAACUGCACCAGAGGAAUAUUUUUACAUUAAAAAUAAGGAAGAAGCUCUAUUUUUGUACAUUGUGUUUAAAAAAAAUAAAAAUAAAAAAAAUUAAUAAAAGACUAGAUGGCAAAUGCUGGGGAAAGCUGUUCGGGAUUUAUUGUGACUUGAAAAAUGAAAUGAACUGCUCUAUUUAAAUUGACUUCUUGUUGUUGAUGACACACAGGUGCUUAUUUUGCUUUUUUUUUUUUGGAAAGGACAACUUCUGAAGCAUAUCCCCAGAGGGAAAAAAAAAAAAAAAAUUAAAAAUAAAUAAAUAAAACCAAAGAAAACCAAAGUUCUUUCCCAAAGUUCCUGAGAGCCUGCCCCGCCAGUCGGGCGGGCAGUAAUUAUUUAUUGCCUGCUGCCGCCGGCCAGGCCAGGCUGGAGCUGCAGGGACGAGCCCAGGAGCUCUGGCACCGACCCUCUUAACCCUCCGACGACAUAGGGACUCACGGCUCCGUGAUCCUGCAUCCUGCUCACUUCUGGAGAAUGCUGCUAACUACAUUCAAGUGACUACAAGAUGACCUAGUACACCAAUGAUAAGGGAAUAUUUUAAAACCAGCUAUAUUAUAUAUAUUAUAUAUAUAUAAGCUAUUUAUUUCACCUCUCUGUAUAUUGCAGUUCCAUGAACCAAGUAUU